GCGGAGUAAGAAGAGAAGUGAGGGAGAUGGUCUGAUGUUUUGUUUUUGAGUUGUACUAAUCAUCUCUGUUUUCUUUUUUAGUCAUUUAAUUCAGGGAAAAAAAGUACAAAUCAUUACACCCUCUCAACAACAAACAACCCUCGAACCACAUUUUGCUUUUAACAAUACCACUUGACAGUUAUACAUCUAGAAGCCAAAGAGAGCCCGAUUUUUUUUUUCUUUUUUUCUUUUUAUGAUGCCUCGCUCGCUCCCACCGCUGCAGCAACCGCCGUUGACCCACCACCGCCCUUUACCCAUACGUCUCAUCCUCCCACCUAUCGUAGCUUUCACAGCGGCCUUUUCAAUCUUACUCGUUCUAUCCUUGUGCCUUCGCAAAAUUCGACGUGAACGCACUGUUCCCGCCGACUCCAAGCCGCCAUACCGGUUUUCGUACUCCGUCCUCCGUCGCGCUACCUCCUCUUUCUCCGUUUCACAGCGCCUCGGUCAAGGGGGCUUUGGCUCUGUUUACCGCGCCACCAUCUCUAACAACCUCCAUCAUGACCACCGCCGAAGCAAAAACAUUCAAACCGUCGCUGUUAAGGUGAUGGACACCAGUUCUCUUCAGGGCGAACGCGAGUUCCAAAACGAGCUCUUCUUCGUUUCAAAACUCAAUUCUUCCCUGGUCGUUCCAGUCCUCGGCUUCUCUCACGACCGAAAACGACGUCGAAUGCUCCUUGUUUACGAGCUCAUGCCUAACGGCAAUCUGCAAGAUGCGUUGCUUCAUAGAAAAUGCCCCGAGUUAAUGAACUGGAAACAGAGAUUUUCAGUUGCUGUUGAUAUUGCCAAGGGAGUUGAAUAUCUCCAUGGAUUAGACCCUCCAGUAAUUCACGGAGAUAUUAAGCCUAGUAACAUAUUGUUGGAUCAGUAUUUUUCAGCCAAAAUUGCUGAUUUUGGACUAGCAAGGUUGAAAUCAGAGGAAGUUAAACUGGAAAUUGCUGAGGAUCAUGGAUCUAUAGCGGAAACAGAGAGUGUAGCUACAGGAUUUGAGGAUUAUGGAUCUAUUGCGGAGAAUUCGGAGGUUGUUACAGUUGCCGUUUCUCCGCCGGCAGUUGCAACAUCUCCUGAAAUUAUGGAGAAAGGAAGCGUGUCGGUCUCGGAGGGGAAUUUCGAUAGAGCAAGUGUUGAGAAUGGAAAAGAAUUGGUCAACGGUGGCGGGAAGCAGAGUGGCGGCUCCAGCAGCGAUUGGUGGUGGAAGCAAGAUAUGGGCGCAGUGGGAGAGAGUGGGAAAGUGAAGGAUUAUGUGAUGGAAUGGAUAGGAAGUGAGAUUAAGAAAGAGAGACCCAGUAAUGAUUGGAUUACUUCAGUGGCUUCUUCAAGUUACGAAAUGAAAGCUAAAUCGGGGGAGAAGAAGAAUAAGAAGAGCAAAAAACGAUUGGAAUGGUGGGUGUCAAUGGAGGACGAUAAGGAAAACAAUGUAAAGAGGAGACCGACGAGGGAGCGGUGGAAAGAGGAGUAUUGCGCAAAGCUUUCAAAAACAAACAAAAAGAAGAAGAGAGAGAUGGCAAUGUGCCAUAGUGAUGAUAAUGGUGGUUGGGAGAAUUGGUGGCGGCUUGAUGAUGCGAGGAAGAAGAAGAAGAGGAGUAAAAGCAGUAUUGGAAGUGUGGACUGGUAUGAUUCAUUUAGUGGGGAGAUUCCCAAGAGUGGUGGGAUUAGCAGUACCCCCAGUAUGAGAGGAACCGUUUGCUACAUUGCUCCUGAGUAUGGAGGAAGUGAUCCAUCAGAGAAGUGUGAUGUUUACAGCUUUGGAGUUCUACUAUUGGUUCUCAUUGCAGGGAGGCGACCCUUGCAGGUUACAGGCUCUCCUAUGGCGGAGUUUCAGCGGGCCAAUCUCACUUCCUGGGCGAAGCAUCUUGCACAAACUGGGAAGCUCUUUGAUUUGAUUGACCAGAGUAUACAGUCUUUGAAACAAGAACAGGCUCUUUUGUGUAUCACAGUUGCUUUGCUUUGUUUGCAGAAAUCACCGGCCCGUCGCCCUUCCAUGAAGGAAGUUGUUGCCAUGCUCACUGGUGACGCCGACCCGCCUCAGCUACCUACUGAAUUUUCCCCCUCACCACCAUCACGUUACCCAUUUAAGUCACGGAAGAAGGUCCGGUGAGUUACUUUUUCUUCGAACAUAAGCGUGUUGCUGACUUGUUGUAGGUCGUUUUUGUAAAGAAACCAUAGCAUGUUCUUUUCAACUUCAUUUCAGUUCCAGUUUGUUAAUAUUACUGGCAUGGACUUGUUAUUAGCAGGACAUGUUAAUUGCCUUCUUGUAUCAAUAUUGUGAAGAUACAAAUUUAAGAAUCUAUUACUGAUUCCUGAAA